AUGACUGAUUAUUAUUCUUAUCGCUUUAACUUCAAUACGAUGUCUUCAAUUGAAUCAGCUCAAAAAGCUCUUCUAGCUGAAGUAGCAAAAAAAGAUUAUGAAUUAAAACAUGUUCAAGCUCCUACUGAACCACUUUCAACAACACAAGCAAAAAUGUUAAUUGAAGUUCAAGGUGGUAAAUACGAAUUAAAUCACGUUGAUAAUCCUCCAAAAGACGGUUUAACUGAAGCUGAAAAACAAGCCUACUUAGAAGAAAGACAAAAACGUGGAAAUUAA